AUGAAAUCGAUCUCCCACAGAAUAGUUGGAAUCAGAGGUGUUUCUUUCUCUGCUGCCAGACUGCGUUUCUUCUCACCUUGUUCGUUCCACCCUUGCUCGUUCCGCACUUGCUCGUUCCACCCUUGCUCGUUCCGCCCUUGCUCGUUCCCCACUUGCUCGUUCCACCCUUGCUCGUUCCGCACUUGCUCGUUCCACACUUGCUCGUUCCGCCCUUGCUCGUUCCCCACUUGCUCGUUCCGCCCUUGCUCGUUCCGCACUUGCUCGUUCCGCCCUUGCUCGUUCCGCACUUGCUCGUUCCACUUCCGUCAUUCUGCCCUUGUUCGUUCCUCCGCCCUUUCUCCUCGUUCCGCCCUCCCCCUCGUUGCGCCCUUCCUCCUUGUUGCGCCCUUCCUCCUCGUUGCGCCCUUCCUCCUCGUUGCGCCCUUCCUCCUCGUUCCGCCCUCCUCCUCGUUCCGCCCUCCGCCAGCCCCUAUGCUAAAACCUCUCCUUCCCUCCGUUCACCUCCUCUCCUCGGAAAGACCUGUUGAGGCCAGUGAGGUGAGGCCCCUCGCGCUCGCUCCUAUUGCUCCUCACUCACUCACGUGCUCUGCUCCCCUCCACUCACCUGUGCUGCACCCUAAACCUCUGCCAUGGUUUCUAAACCAUCCGCCAUGCUGUCACACCUGCCAUCCCUCCCCACCCCGCCUUGUGCAGAAAGGUCUUCUCUCCUUUCUGCGGGGCACCGUGAAGAGACCUUCUCACCCCGCCAAGACACGAGACAUACUUACAAUUCAUGCCGCCCGUCACUGUUCAUGCCGCCCGUCACUGUUCAUGCCGCCCGUCACUGUUGAUGCCGCCCGUCACUGGUCGUGCCGCCCGUCACUGGUCGUACCGCCCGUCACUGGUCGUGCCGCCCGUCACUGGUCGUGCCGCCCGUCACUGGUCGUGCCGCCCGUCACUGGUCGUGCCGCCCGUCACUGGUCGUGCCGCCCGUCACUGGUCGUGCCGCCCGUCACUGGUCGUGCCGCCCGUCACUGUUCGUGCCGCCCGUCACUGCUCGUGCCGCCCGUCACUGCUCGUGCCGCCCGUCUCUGCUCGUGCCGCCCGUCUCUGCUCGUGCCGCCCGUCACUGCUCGUGCCGCCCGGUCACUGCUCCUGCCGCCCGGUCACUGCUCCUGCCGCCCGUCACUGCUCCUGCCGCCCCGUUACUGUUCAUGCCGCCCGAUUACCAUGCCAUGCCAUGUCCUCGUGCUCGUUUCCGCCCUUGCUCGUUUCUGCCCUUGCUCGUUUCUGCCGACAGUGACGGGCGCAGCUGGGCAACGGUGCGGCGAGGCUAAGGCGAAGCCAGUGAGGCACGAGGUGAGACAACGGUCCCCACUCUCCUGGCCCCCUUCUCCUAUGCUCUCACUCUCCUGGCCCCCUUCUCCUAUGCUCUCACUCUCCUGGCCCCCUUCUCCUAUGCUCUCACUCUCCUGGCCCCCUUCUCCUAUGCUCUCACUCUCCUGGCCCCCUUCUCCUAUGCUCUCACUCUCCUGGCCCCCUUCUCCUAUGCUCUCACUCUCCUGGCCCCCUUCUCCUAUGCUCUCACUCUCCUGGCCCCUUUCUCCUAUGCUCUCACUCUCCUGGCCCCCUUCUCCUAUGCUCUUGCUCUGCACUCGUCGUUCCCUUGCUCUGCACUCGUCGUUCCCUUGCUCUGCACUCGUCGUUCCCUUGCUCUGCACUCGUUGUUCCCUUGCUCUGCACUCCUCCUCACCCCCCUGUUUUCCCAUCCCCCACUGUUCAUCCUAUUGCUUCCCCAUCCCGCACUGCUCACCCCACUGUUUCCCCAUCCCGCACUGUUCACCCCACUGGUUCCCAUCCUGCACUGUUCACUCUCCGCUCUGGUCUGGAUGA